AUGGUUUCUCCUCUUCCCAUUCCGCAGAUUCGCGCGCGGAAGGAUUCGGCUGCAGAGCGCAAAGCCAUGCGUCGUCCACCGCCGCUCAAGCUGCAUGAGAGCAACCUGAGGAACAUGAAGGCACCAGUCCAACUGGACGAACCCGAUAUCAGAAGCCUCGAGGUGACGCCUAUGCCCUCUCGCUUGCACACUUCACAGCCCGACGCAGAUGAGAGCGAUUCUGAUACCGGCGAGAUCCCAAUCACCCUCGCUCCGAGUCUGAACAUCUCGCCGCCUAGACCGUUGCGCAAUUACAGCCAACUGGACUCGAACUCGUCUGAUUCGGAGGACAUCUCCCCCAUCACAGCACAACCUCGACCGUCGGUGUCCUCAGAAAUGAGACUGGCUCGCUUUUUCCCGGAGCUCAGUUCGCAUUUCCAGGUCGUCGCACCCUUGGACCGAGACGGAAGCAUGAAGAAACCCGUCACCCCUACGCUGACCGGGAGGAACCUGGAAGAGCGAGCACAGAAUUUCUACAAACAGUCGAUUGACGCCAGUCGGGCUGAAAAAAGGCGCGAGGCAGCCCGGAAUCUGACUCUUGACGUGCAAGGGGCCUUGGAGAGCAAGGCCAACCACUCCUCGUCCGGGUCAGAAGAGGUACACGACGACGGCUCAUCAUGCUACAGCCGGGACAGCAGCUCAGCGACCAGUGUUGACACGGAGUAUGAGCAUCACGACGAUCGGAAGCAACUCCGCCCCCUAAAGUCCGCCGACGCUUACUCAAUCAUCUCUCCUGUGGCUGCGGGGGUAUUCGACGAUGCUGCUUCACUCCCUCCGCGCGCCAACUCGGCGACUCCCAUGUAUCCUCCUCACGUCCCCAUCGACAUGGCCUGUCCUCCGCGUCACAACUCGGUCACGACGACCAAGAUGACCAUGGACCACCUGAAGAAUAAGCCGCUGCCCCUGGAGCCCCUGAUGGAGACCAGCCCGGCUUUCAAUUCCCUAUCGCCAUCACAAUACACCGGGUCGCACCGCUCACCGUCGACCCGUUCGCCAUCCGUUUACCAAAAGGACACCUAUCUGUCACCGGUGCCUCGCCAUGCAAACAGCACUCGACACCACCGACAUCAUCGCCUAGAGGAUUCCGCCCCCACUACCCCUCGGGCGUCUCGCAGUCAGCGUGAACACCGGUCCGGCAGCAAUCAUUCGACUCGCAAGGGCAGCAACGAGACCAGUCGCAAAGGUAGCAGCCAACAGCGCAUGCGCCAUGUCCCGACUUUAUCUCGGGCCACCGAGGAAUUGGAGGAUACCUUGGUCGGCAUGUCGCGAGAUAGGAACACGCCCCAGCGGACCCUCCUCAUCCUAGACGGGCCGCUCCAGAUCAGCCGCAACAACGGCGGCGACCUGGUUGCGACGCGACCGGCGCCCCUGCCUCCGCACUCGGCCAAGGCGCACUCUGCGUCGAAGAGGCCCAAGAUUGACCGCAGUUUCUCCCAUGAAGCGUCCCGAAUGCCCAAGAAGGAGAAACCCAGCAAGUCGACCAAGCGGGGCUCGGACGAGUUGGGCACUAGCGAGACCAGCCGACGGUCGGAGAUCCAAAAACGCGACUCCAAGGAGAAGACCGAGGAGAAGGCCAAAGAAAAGGCCAAGGUGCAGAAGUCGUUCACGCUGAAGCUGCCGUCAUUCAGUCGCAAACCCAGCCAGAUGCAGGCGGCAGACCUGCGCCGGAUCAGCCUCAGCUCGCGCUCGGAGACCUCGCUCGCCCCACCGGAGGAAGCGGACGUGGACGCUAUGAUCGCCCUCCGAGGGCGCCAAUUAUCGGCGUCGCACUCGGAUCCCAACCUGAACGAAACCGCCAACCAGGUUGACCUGCGGAUGCAACUGCCCCGUCUGCAAGUCAAUGAUCUCGGCUUCAAAAAUCCCUUCGACGACGACAGCCAGCAGUCCAAGGAAAUCCCUAGGUCGCAUCACUCCGGGUCCGAUUCGGACGAGAGUGUGGACCCCAUUGACUCAGACCACGUCCUGCAACUCGAGACCCCCAUGUCUGAACACGUCUUGCACCUCGAAACCCCCUCCGAGGAUGAGAAGAUCAUCGUCUCAUGCGACAAAAUGCGCCAGUCUCACGCUCUGGUCUCAACCUUCCAGGCCAGCAGUGUACAUUUCCCGGAGCAGGUUUAUGAGCUCGCUGCCUGCCCACCGUCGCCCACAGUGGAGGUGUAUGAGCUACCCGAGGAAGAGGCUCCAAUCCACCUAGUCUUUCCGGUAAAGAUGCCAGAGACUGCUCUCGUGGCCAUAAUGCAAAGCAUCGACUCUCUCGACGAUUUAUUUAAUUUUGCGAUCGUGAACCGACGGUUCUACGAGGUUUUUAAGCAACGCGAGCUGGCAAUGAUCAAAAACACUCUCUUCAAAAUGUCUCCACCCGCCUGGGAACUCCGCGAAAUGAGCCCUCCAUGGGACACUGAAUGGCAGCUCCUGUUGGACUUGGAUUCGCAAGUCCCCGAGUACACCCCGAGCCUGUAUCUCCGGAAAUAUGCCCAAGACAUCUACACUCUUGCCCAGCUCAAAUCACUCGUCCUGGAACGCUGUUCCCCCUUCCUGCGUCAUGAUACCGUGCGCGGGCUGGCGGGCGCGGACGUCGUUCGCGCUGAGGAGGUGGACGACGCCUUCUGGCGCAUCUGGACAUUCUGCCGCAUUUUUGGCAGCGGCAAGAACCGCGAAACAGAUAUCGUCGCCCAGAUGGACUGGUUGAAGGGUGGGCAAACCGCCAAGCGCCUCGACUCCACCUCGUCGAUGGCCGAACCGUUCGGGAUGAACAACGUUCUCUUCGAACCGCCUCAGGGAUUCGGUCGCGGAAACAUUGGCGGACUAUCUCAGAGACAGAUGUAUGAUAUGACUGAGAUUUGGACGUGUCUCGGCGUUCUGUUGCAGCCUCUCCACGGCAAGUGCAUCGAGGCGAGGAAAUUCGGCAUUUUUGACAACAUGGAUGUCUCGGAGGGGGACACUGUUAAGGAGGAGACGGUACUCGAGGAAUGGACUGCAUACAUAACUACCCUCGGCCUUUCCGCCGUCCUGACUCUUGGAUCAUUGUGUCUGGCUGACAGCAACGCUGCCACCUUCAAAAAAGCCCAGACAAUCGGCCUGACCAAGUGGGAAGCGACCGACACCAACACCAGCCGCUCCUCGUUCCUGAAGGAAGCAGUCUCACGCGCGUACGAAAACACGGACCGAGGCGCUUCUGUUCAGUCCCCAACCGACCUCGCCGCGAAGAGGACGUCAUCGCUAUCGAGCCAGGACUCCAACACUAACCGCGAGAACCGCGAACGUCAGGCGGCGUUUGCUAUCGAGCUUCGUAUACGCCGCAUGCGUGGACAAGAUAUCCAGCCCGAUCACAAUCGAUCCUUCUCCGACGAACGGCCCAUGUCUGUGUACAGCACCGUUCUCAACGAUCUUAAUGGUACCACCGACCGAGACGCCCCUCCAGUUCCGUCCGUGCCUGCUCUGGUGGUUGAUCGCUUCUCCAACACCUCGCAUGGCACGAGCUCUACCCCUGGCCCCCAAACCCCCAACCCCCAAACCCCUCCGCCGAUGCACACUCCACCAAUGCACACUCCGCCGAUGCAAAGCCCUCAAUCAUUCCGCUGUCCUACACCCACUGCUUCAUUGGCACCCGCGCCUCUGCGGCCUCAGCCUCAGGUGAUGGAUCCGGUCGAUCGCGCGAUCAACAUGAUCGUCAACGAACUGGGCUUCGCGCAAGAAGACGCCAAGUGGGCUCUGAAGAUCACGGACACUGGCGAGGGCAUCGAUGUUCCUGCCGCCGUGCAUAUGCUCCAGCGGCAAAAGAAAAAGCAUGACCGCAACAAUCUUUUCUCCAACCGUAAGCGCAGCAGCCUGCUUACCGAUGUCAUGAAGCGACAAGGGUCUACGGACUCGGGCUGGCGUUGGGCAUGA